AUGUCGUCGGAAAAUACGGGAUUCCCAAGCUUACAACCGGCUUUCACUAUUAAGCACACACCCAUUGGUACUAUAAAGAGUCUCCCUGGGUUCAAGCCCAAAGUUGACGCCGAGAUUAUGUUUGGUGGUGACUGGCUGUAUUUCGACACCGACAAGUCUCGCACACGCAUUAACUUCAAGGUAAUUACAAAGACCAAGUCCGGCGCACCCUUCUCAUUCUACUACGCCGGAAUCGUCACCAUCGACGAAGCCAUCGGGAAGACUUUCGCUUACAGCCCCGAUUCCAAUACCAUUCCAUUUGGAAAUUCGAGUGGGUGCAAUAUUCAUCGCCUUCUAUAA